AAAGAAUUCCGAAACUGCCACGUCCAGAAGCCCCGCCCUUCCCUCUGUUACUAUCCACGUCUAGACACGUCUAGACAACGGAACAACCGCCGCCAACAGAGUUCCCACCCUCGAUCGCAAGGGUAACAUUGGAUCCUAUCAGUCUAGAUGCGAGGACACCUAGCCCCUAGUAGACUUCGAGCUACCAUCUCGGCUGGUCUCAUAAGAAGCACGACUCCCACCAUCUUCAGAACCGCGACUAUUGCAACACACCGUCCUUCAACCAAAACCACCAUCAACCCUUACGUUACUUUCACAAGCAACAUCCACACCACCACAUCCAAGAUGUCUUCCACUCAGAUCUCUGCCAACGCGGUCCUCGACCUCAUCAAGAACCGCCGCACCUACUACCCUCUCUCCAAGGACCUCGGCUCCCUGACCGUCGAGCGCAUCAACGAGAUCGUCAAGGAGGCUCUGCAGCACGUUCCCUCGUCGUUCAACUCGCAGAGCAACCGCGUCGUUGUUCUCUUCGGCGCCGAGCACGACAAGCUCUGGGACAUCACCUCCGCGACCCUCAAGGCUAUCGUGCCCGAGGACGCCUGGGCUAGCACGGAGGGAAGGAUGGCCAUGUUCAAGGGUGCUGCUGGUACUAUCCUCUUCUUCGAAGACGAAACCGUCGUCAAGGGCAUGCAAGAAAAGUUCGCUCUCUACGCCGACCGCUUCCCCGGCUGGGCCACCCAGUCGGACGCCAUGCUCCAGCACACUCUCUGGGUCGCCCUCGAGGCCGAGGGUCUCGGCGCCAACCUGCAGCACUACAGCCCCUUGAUCGACGCCAAGGUGGCCGAGACGUGGUCCGUUCCCGAGAGCUGGAAGCUCAACGCCCAGCUUGUCUUUGGUGGCAAGACGGGUGAUGCGGGUGAGAAGGCUUUCGGCGCGGUGGAGGAGAAGUUCAAGACUUUUGGUUCUGCUUAAAUGCAAAUGCCCUUGAAAAAAAGAAGGAACUAAGGGGAGGGGAGGGGAGGUUGUGUUUGGUUUUGUUUGUUUGCAAAAGAAAGCGAAGCGAAUUGUUGGUAACUGCUACUGCGCUAGGCAAUAGAGUAGAGUAGAUGAUGAAUACCCCCUUUUUAUCAGCAUCAUUCAUUCAGUUGGGGCAGUUCCAGUUCGUCUGUAGAAGUCUGCUGUGGAAGAAAGAGUUGAACCUUGAUAGGCACGUGCCACGUUGUGAGCCAGACAGCCGGUAUCCUGAUCCUGGCCCUCGUCUGGACUCCUGGAGUUGGAGGGAUGAGAUGAAAGGUCUGGAUCUUCCGAUGAAAAACCUAGUAAUUUCUAGAAGCGAAGGGAGAACGUGGGGAGAAGGGGCUAAAAAUACUUGACGCUAGAUUUGGCUCCCGAGAUAGGGGUGUUGUGGGUUGAUGUCAUUUUAAAGUGUGGCCCUUGUUUAUUUACUUUUGCGACAUCUCAUCCAUG